CCGACAGUAGUAGGUUUGUUCUGCUCAUGCCUGAUAUCGAGUACGAGGUCGUGUCUGGUUUCUUCGCCCAGGACAUGGUCGACGCCGAUCCUGUGGCGAUUGGGGCGGUUCCCCCUCGCUUUGGCUUACUCGACGCGUCUCCUGAGAGAUGGAAGACGUUCAAAUCUGUUGUCGAGAAGCUAAACAACGACUCUGUCUGUGACGCAUCCUAUAAAGUAUUUUUCCUUGGACGGCACGGUCAAGGCUAUCACAAUGCUGCCGAAUCCAAGUAUGGAACGCAAGCCUGGGAUGACUACUGGUCAAAACUCGACGGCGACGGUGAACUUACGUGGGGUCCUGAUCCUUUGUUAACCCCCCUCGGCGAAUCCCAAGCGGCAGAUGCCCGUAAUGAAUGGGAGGCGGAACUACUUCACGGGAUACCUCUCCCCGAGAAGGCUUUCAGUAGCCCCUUGCAACGCGCCAUGCGGACAUACCUACUCACGUUUGAUGGUAUCGCUGUCGCUUCUAAGCCUUUGGUCCUCGAGAACUGUCGGGAAGAAUACGGAAUUCAUACUUGCGACAAGCGGCACCCGCGGUCUUGGAUUCAACUUCAUUACCCGCAGUUUCUUGUAGAGGACGGAUUCAGUGAGCAGGAUGUUUUAUGGAAGCCUGACGCGCGAGAGACCAAGACGGAGGUCAAGACCCGAGCGAAAAACAUACUUGACAGAAUUUUCACUCUGGACAGUAGUACAUAUAUCUCCAUCACUGCUCACGGUGGAAUCAUCAACGGUCUAUUGGCAUGCAUCGGUAGGGAUAUUUAUUCCCUGCCAACGGGAGGCGUGCUACCUGUAGUCAUUAAAGGUGUAAGACGAGAACAAAAUUAGAAGUUUGUAUUGUAUCCACACCCGCUGUAAAUCAUUGGUCGAUGC